CGUCAACAUCGUGAAUUAUUAUCUCUUGAAUUAACUCUUGUCACAUACAAGGCGCUACAUAGUCACAGGAACAAAAUCACAGGAUGAAAGACAGCGAAUCACGUCCUGAUACAGGACCCAGAGGCAAAAGCCUCGUGAAGUAUACAGCCGGUUGGCGAAGAAUCGUCAGCAACUUCAGUCCCUCAUGGUUUUCUACAACGAUGGGGACAGGCAUGGCUGGCAUUCUGCUUUAUCUCAUCCCGUUCGAGCACGCAGCGCUAUAUUACAUCGCCAUAGCCUUUUUCGUUCUCAAUGUCUUAUUAUUUGUUCUCGUGCUCAGCAUAUCGAUUCUACGAUACGCCUUGUAUCCCGAAAUCUGGAAGGUCAUGAUCCAAGACCCAGUCAAUUCGUUAUUCCUCGCGACGUGUCCUAUGGGCUUCGCCACCUUGAUCGAGUUGUGGGUAUUCAUCUGUGUACCACAAUGGGGGGAUUGGGCCAAGACAGCAGCUUGGGCGCUCUGGAUUGUCGACGCAGUUGCUGCGAUAGCAGUUACUGUAUCUCUCUCAUUCAUUCUGAUAUCGCAAAAUUACGUCACCUCGCUGGAGCGGAUCACGGCUCUCCAGUUGCUGCCGAUCGCUGCCACAAUCGUCGCGUCUGGGGUCGGGGCCGAGAUCGCGGAUAUUUUACCUAACACGCGGCAUGCUAUGGGAACAAUCAUUGUAUCCUAUGUGCUGUGGGGCAUGUCAACGCCAAUGGCGAUGACGAUCCUGGUGAUUUAUUACCAGCGUUUGGCGGUCCAUAAGCUUCCAUCGCGGGAGACCAUCGUAAGUUGUUUUCUCCCACUAGGGCCUCUUGGCUUUGGGGGGUUCAGUAUUUUAUACCUGGGGAAGGUGGCUCGACACCUCCUAGGCGACUCUAACGCGAUUGACCCUAUUGCUGGACACAUGGCAUACGUCCUGGGUCUUUUGAUUUCGCUAUUGAUGUGGUCUUUUGGUCUGAUUUGGCUUGUCUUUGCGUUGGCCACGAUCUACGACCGUUCACCGUUCCCCUUCAAUAUGGGGUGGUGGGGGUUUACCUUUCCGCUUGGGGUGUAUGCGGCCAAUACGAUUCUGCUCGGGAAGGAAAUGGACUUAAUGUUUUUUAAGGUUUGCGGCACGAUUCUGAGCGGCGCAAUGGUCAUGUUGUGGCUGGUGGUGGCCAUCCGCACCGCGCACGGAGCAUGGCAUGGGGUAUUAUUCUAUGCACCAUGCCUGCAGAAUUUGAAGGAAAAGAUCGAAGAUAGUCAAGAUGAAGCGACAGCAGAAGCCGCCUAGUUCAAGCAUCCCAGAACCUUGCUCUGACAGAGACCUAAGACUGAUCGAUUGCGGCAAUCUAGACCGACUAAAACAACGCCAGUCAUGCAGCUCAUCACAUGGUGCCAGGGGUUUACCAAUCAUGUAGGGCACUUGGAGGAGUAGGAUUGCGGCUAGUAAGCAGUAUCGGAUACGAACGGCCAAUACGACGGAGACGCCGACGCCAUCUCUCUUUCACAAACCCUCGUGUGAGCACCCAACCGGGCAGGAAUACGCGAAGCCAUGCCGCCUCACAUCUUCAGUUUGGUUGUAAAUGUAACCCUGGUGUGACAGGUUUUUAGUAUAAUGAUAAGCUCUAGUCUUGCGGCUGAAGCCUGGUGGUACCUAUAGAAAUCCGGGGCUUCCGCUCCGUU